GCACCAGAUCGAAGCACAUGGUUUUGUGUAACAAGUGGAGUUUAGAGAAGAUGGGUGAAAUCUAACCGAAACUGUCUGCUUUCACUUUCACUUUCACUCUAUGCUCUCUCUCUCUUUCUUUCAACGAAAAGGCUUCGCAUACAAACACAAAGGGAGGGAGAGAGAUAGAGAGUGAGCUUUCUUCCCAUUGUCUGUUUCUCUCCUCUUUCAACCCUUUUCCUGUCAUCCCUUCUCUUUUCUUCGUUCCAAAUCUCUCCAUUAAUUCUAAUGGAGGCAUUACUUACAGUUUUCAUUAAUGAGAAUGGAAUUUGGCUUGCAUUCAUAAGUUGCAAGAACUUCUAAAGUAUGUCAAAGAAAUGUCAGUAAGAUUCAGUAAAGUAAUUGGAUUUUAUAAUAAUAAUUAUUGUCAUUAUAAAAAGAUGAAUUCUGUUUUUCACCCUUUACCAGGGGCGGGAGAGAGAAUUUCAUCUCCCUAUAUCCCCAUUAUUGAGACAUUAUGAAUUAAAUACUGAUAUCAUUUUGGUGGUCAUUUGGUGAUGUUAAUUUUUGUGGAAUUGCAGCCAUCUUUCUUUUGUUUUGUUUCAGCUAGAAAAAAGUAGUGGGCUGCCUUCACAAUGAACGGGAAUAGACAAAUGGAGGUGCAUUUCAUAAACACUGGCUUUCCUUAUACUGUUACAGAAAGUUUCAUGGACUUCUCUGAGGGACUGACACAUGUGCCUGUACAUUAUGCUCACACUGGACCAGUGCAUGAUCAGGGGAGUGCACAUUGGAUAAUGAACAUGAAUGUGUAUAAAUAUGGAUUUUCUGGCCCAGGAAGUGCCUCUUAUUACAAUCCUUAUGAGGUAUAUGAUAAUUUAUCGAGAAUGGAUGUUGGUAGGGGAGCCUGGGAAUACCCUUCAGUGGUGAACGUGCAAGAGCCCACAUCUGCAGGUACACAGUCUGAGGGAGAGGCAGUUGCCAGUGUGCACACUCUACCAGAAGAAUGCAUCACAAAUCAUUCAGGCAGUGAUAGUCCUCAGGGUGUUUGGCAAGAUGAUAUCGAUCCAGCUAACAUGACCUAUGAGAUUUGCCUUGAAUUACCUGAUUUAGGUGAGACAGUAGAAGCACAAAGUAGAGGUCUGUCACAAGAACUUAUUAGUUUGCUUCCAACCUCAGAAUGCAAGUUUGGAAGUUUCUUCUCUAGAAAAAAGCCUGGGGAGAGAUGUGUUAUUUGCCAGAUGAGGUACAAAAGAGGGGACAAGCAAAUGAAGCUGCCAUGUCGGCACGUGUACCAUUCUGAAUGCAUCACCAAAUGGCUUGGUAUCAACAAGGUAUGUACAGUUUGCAACAAUGAAGUAUUUGGCGAGGAAUCAAAACAUUAAAAAGAUCAAAACAGAAGAAAUUCACCACUCUUUUUUCUACCUCUUCUGGUGAUCUAGUUCUAGGGAAAUAGCCUCUCUGCAAAAUAUAGGGAUAAGGCUGCAUACAUCAACCCUCCACAAAAUUUAUAAUUAUGGGAUGGUCACCUUUUUUCUGGUGGGUUAGUCAAGGACUAAGGUGAUUCCCUCAUUCUCCUUCGAAGUUUUUGUUUAGCAGAGAAAAACAUAUAGGCCGGUUUGGAACUGAAACCAUCUGUUCAGUCUAGAACAAAAA